GGUGACGGUGGUGGUGACGGCGGGCCCGGCCCGGGUGCUAGCGCGGCGCAGCCCAGCCCAGCUCAGCCGGAGCGAGCGCAGAGCCGGUGCCCGCAGCCCCGGCGCCGCCAUGGUGGAGGCGGCGCCCCCCGGCCCCGGGCCGCUGCGGAGGACCUUCCUGGUGCCCGAGAUCAAAUCGCUGGACCAGUACGAUUUCUCGCGGGCCAAGGCGGCGGCCAGCUUGGCGUGGGUGCUGCGGGCCGCGUUCGGGGGUGCAGAGCUUGUGCCCUCGGAGCUGUGGGAGCCCUUCUACACCGACCAGUAUGCGCAGGAGCACGUGAAGCCCCCGGUGACGCGGCUGCUGCUCUCGGCUGAGCUCUACUGCCGGGCCUGGCGCCAGGCGCUGCCGCAGCUCGAGACGCCCCCCAGCCCCUCUGCGCUACUGGCCCUGCUGGCGCGGAGGGGCAUGGUGCCCGCGCUGCCCGAGCGCCCGGUGCAGGAGGCCGACCUGAGGCACCAGCCUAUCCUCAUGGGAGCCCACCUCGCUGUCAUUGAUGCCCUCAUGGCUGCCUUCGCCUUUGAGUGGACAAAGACACUGCCUGGUCCCUUGGCCCUGGCCAGCUUGGAGCACAAGCUCCUUUUCUGGGUGGACACGACCAUCCGGCGGCUGCAGGAGAAGACGGAGCAGGAAGCUGCCCAGAGAGCAUCUCCCACGGCCCCUGCCGAUGGGGUGGCCCCAGCGCAGACUUCGUGUCCCACACGCUGGUACUGGAAGCUGGUUCCUCACGCAAUUGCCUUCUGUUUGAAGGAGUCGGGGAGCAAACCCCCCAUGAUCCGAUAUCGCAAGGACCGCGCCGUGGCCCGACGCGCCCCCUGCUUUCCGACCGUGACCAGCCUCCAGGACCUGGCAAGUGGGGCUGCGCUGGCCGCCACGAUCCACUGCUAUUGUCCCCAGCUCUUGCGACUCGAGGAGGUGUGCCUCAAGGACCCCAUGUCUGUGGCGGACAGCCUGUACAACCUCCAGCUGGUGCAGGAUUUCUGCGCCUCCCGCCUUCCUCGGGGCUGCCCACUCUCUCUCGAGGACCUGCUUUAUGUCCCACCGCCCCUCAAGAUCAACCUGAUGGUGCUGCUAGCGGAGCUGUUCAUGUGCUUUGAGGUGCUGAAACCCGACUUCGUGCAGGUCAAGGAUCUGCCUGAUGGUCAUGCUGCCUCCCACAGGGCCACGGAGGCCUCCCCACCUCAGAACAACAGCGGCAGCAGUUCUCCUGUCUUCAACUUCCGCCAUCCACUCCUGUCGCACGGCAGCCCCCAGUCCCCACUCCGAGGCUCCACAGGCUCACUGAAGUCCUCCCCGUCCAUGUCCCACGUGGAGGCCCUCGGCAAAGCCUGGAACCGUCAGCUCAGCCGUCCCCUUUCCCAGGCCGUGUCGUUCAGCACUCCCUUUGGCCUGGACAGCGACGUGGAUGUUGUCAUGGGAGACCCCGUCCUGCUCCGCUCCGUCAGCUCAGACAGCCUGGGUCCCCCACGCUCCGUGCCAGCCCGGACCCCCACCCAACCACCCCCGGAGACUGGCGACCUGCCUACCAUCGAGGAGGCCCUGCAGAUCAUCCACAGUGCUGAGCCCCGGCUGCUCCCGGAUGGGGCUGCCGACGGCAGCUUCUACCUCCACUCUCCCGAGGGGGCCUCCAAACUGCCACUGGCUUCCCCCUACCCACCCGACGGGCCCACCAAAGCACCCACCUACUCGCCCCACCCCGAGGGCCUCUCGAAACCGUCUCCCUGCCCAGCAGGGGAGGUAUCGAAACCGCCAGCCCUGUCUGAGGGCUCCCCGAAGGUGGCGGCUUCGUCCCCAGUGGCCAGCAACUCUGAAGUGAAGAUGACCAGCUUUGCUGAACGCAAGAAGCAGCUGGUGAAGGCCGAGGCUGAGGCAGGGUCCCCGGCAGCCACCCCAGUGGCACCAGAGGCCCUGAGCUCGGAGAUGAGUGAGCUUGGAGCCCGGCUAGAGGAGAAACGCCGGGCCAUAGAGGCUCAGAAGCGACGGAUCGAGGCCAUCUUUGCCAAGCACCGCCAGCGACUGGGCAAGAGCGCGUUCCUGCAGGUGCAGCCGCGGGAGGCCGGCGGGGAGGCAGAGGCGGAGCCGGGCCUGGCCCCUGGUGGGGAGCGGCCGGCAGGCGAGGGCCAGGGUGAGCCGUCGCCACGGCCGAAGGCAGUGACCUUCUCGCCGGAACUGGGCCCGGCGCCCCCCGAAGGGCUGGGGGAGUAUAACCGGGCGGUCAGCAAGCUGAGUGCAGCGCUGAGCUCGCUGCAGCGGGACAUGCAGAGGCUCACGGACCAGCAGCAGCGGCUCCUGGCUCCGCCAGAGCCCUCCGGGCCCGCCCCGCCUCCCGCCGCGUGGCUCAUCCCUGGUCCCACGACGGGCCCCAAAGCCGCGUCCCCCAGCCCCGCCCGGCGCGCUGCAGCUGCCCGGCGCAGCCCCGGGCCUGGCCCCAGCCCCACACCCCGGAGCCCGAAGCACGCGCGGCCCGCGGAGCUGCGGCUGGCGCCCCUGACGAGGGUGCUCACGCCUCCCCACGAUGUGGACAGCCUCCCCCACCUGCGCAAGUUCUCGCCGAGCCAGGUGCCCAUGCAGACGCGCUCCUCUAUCCUUCUGGCGGAGGGGCCGCCUCCCGAGGAGCCCGCGGCCCGGCCUGGCCUCGUCGAGAUCCCGCUGAGCAGCCUGGAAGAGCCCACGGCUGAGGAUGAGGGAGACGGGAGCCCCCCUGGUGCUGAGGAUUCCUUAGAAGAGGAGGCGUCUUCAGAGGGAGAGCCCCGGACCGGGCUGGGAUUCUUCUAUAAGGAUGAAGACAAGCCCGAGGACGAGAUGGCCCAGAAGAGGGCCAGCCUGCUGGAGCGCCAGCAGCGGCGGGUGGAGGACGCGCGGCGGCGGAAGCAGUGGCAGGAGGCCGAGAAGGAGCAGCGGAGGGAGGAGGCUGCCAGGCUGGCCCAGGAGGAAGUAGCCCCUGCCGGCCGGGCCCCAGCCGAGGAGGAGGUGGGCCCCCGGCGGGGGGACUUCACACGGCUCGAGUAUGAACGCCGGGCCCAGCUGAAGCUGAUGGACGACCUCGACAAGGUGCUGCGGCCCCGGGCGACAGGGAGCGGGGGGCCAGGCCGGGGCGGUCGGAGGGCCCCCCGGCCACGCUCCGGUUGCUGUGAUGACUCGGCCCUGGCACGGAGCCCAGCCCGCGGCCUGCUGGGCUCUCGGCUCAGCAAAGUCUACUCCCAGUCCACGCUGUCUCUGUCCACCGUGGCCAGCGAGGCCCCUGGUAACCUCGGCGUGAGGAGGCCCACGUCUCGGGCUCCAUCUCCAUCCAGCCUCAUGUCCCCAAGCCGCCUGCCUGGCAGCCGAGAACGUGAGUGGGAGAACGGCAGCAACGCCUCCUCCCCGGCCUCAGUGCCUGAGUACACGGGUCCACGGCUGUACAAGGAGCCGAGCGCCAAGUCCAACAAGUUCAUCAUCCACAACGCCCUGUCGCACUGCUGCCUGGCGGGCAAGGUGAACGAGCCGCAGAAGAACCGCAUUCUCGAGGAGAUUGAGAAGAGCAAGGCCAACCACUUCCUGAUCCUCUUCCGCGACUCAAGCUGCCAGUUCCGGGCCCUGUACACGCCGUCCGGGGAGACGGAGGAGCUAUCGCGGCUGACGGGCUACGGCCCCCGGACGGUCACGCCCGCCAUGGUGGAGGGCAUCUACAAGUACAACUCGGACCGAAAGCGCUUCACCCAGAUCCCCGCCAAGACCAUGUCCAUGAGCGUGGAUGCCUUCACCAUCCAGGGGCACCUCUGGCAGAGCAAGAAGCCCACCACUCCCAAGAAGGGCAGCAGCACCCCCAAAUAGCCCCGUCCCGGGUGCUCCGCAGGCCGGGCCCCGUGUGCUCUGGCCACCGCCCUCCUGGGGGACAGCCCAGAGGACAGUCCGUCGGUAUGCCUGGGUCCUGUCUGUCCCCCCGUGACCUCGCCUGGGUGGGGCUGGAGUCCCCACCCCCUAACUUUGGUCCCGUCCUACUGUGGGGGCUGAGCUGGGAGGUUCAGGGACUCAGGGCUCAGCUCAGUCCCCCGUCUGUCCUCCCCACCUUCUCGAAUAAAGUAAUUUAAAGAGA